GAUUUUCACUGCCGCAUUUGAUGUCGAUCCUUGAUCUUCCGACGUGGUUUUUGCUUCAUUAAGCCAACCUUCCAUCCAUUUUUGUAGACGUUGCUUUUAUUUCGAUUGCAGUGUAGCAGCACCAACUGUCAUUUCACUUUGUUUCGCACACAGCCGCAAUAGCGACCCAUUCGUUCAUCAGAAAUAUUGGUUUCAUAUUAUUAAUUGGAAAGAUAUAAAUAUUCAAAACGUAUUCGUUGUUGUUUGAAAACUUUAAAAAUUUGAAUUUAAUGAAAUUUUUAAAUUUAUUCGAAACGAAAUUACUUUUUUUCUACCUGAUGUCAAAACAAGGAUUUUGGUGCGAGUGCUGUGAACUACAUGGCAGCGUAUGACUACAUUUAACAGAGAUGCAUGCUGCUGUCGAAGAAGUGGAUUUGGAUCCUUGUGAUCUGUAUACAGAUUUGGGUACGUUGAUCGUGGAAGGCAGAGUACCUGGAGUGACAGAAAAAGGUUUUGGAGAAGGCCUACACUGUUCUAGUACUCAUGGCCAAAACAGACACCAGUGUGACCCAUCAUCACCUGAAUGUCAGAAAUAUGAACAAAUUCUCAAGCACAUGUUACUAUUAUGGAAGAAUGGAAUCCCAAUGACUAUUGAGGUUUUACUAUACCCCAGCUGUUGUUCACCUUUCCCAAAUGUUGAUUCAGUACCUGACAUGCCAUAUCUUUUGCUGGAACAGUGGACUAUUCACAUGCUUCCCAGAAGAGUGCCAGAUGCCAGUAUCAGCCCUCGAGGUUUGAUUCAAGCAGUUCGUUCUUUCCUGUAUUUUUCCCAGCUGUGUGCAUGGUACAGUUUGACUGGAGGGAAAUCUCCACAAAAUGUUCACUACAGAGUUUGUGUGCCAGGUGAAGCUUUCUCCAGUAAAUUUUCAACACAACCCGAUUGCCACAUGUUCCCAGUAGCAAACAUUGGACGCAAUUCUGCUAUGAAAGUUUUGAUGAAAUGUCAUCCGAGAUGUGGAGAAAUCCCUACAGUUCCUUGCCAUAAACAUUCCAAACCAAACCUGCCACUCAAGACAUUGAAGGGAAGUUCUGAGGUAUAUGACUUGCACAACCCCUCCCCUGGAGGAUCAUAUGCAUUGGAUGGAAUUCUUCCUACUGGUAUGGCUUCCAGGACAAGCAGUCCAGCUGAUUCGAUGCUGGGAGAAAGUUUGCUCGACCCACCGAAUUCUCUAUGUAUGUACCCAAAGCGGUAUCAAUCGCCUUCCCGUUGUGGCAGCCCAAGCAUUGAAGUCCCCGAACACUUAAUGUUUGGUAAAACCAAAAUGAAACAAGAAGAAUCAACUCCACAAAGACGUAGCAGGCCUCAAAGGCGACCAGUUGUUGAACGUUUUUUAAAGAAAAAUUUGGGUAAUUCUUUGUGUAGCUCCACUGAAAGCAAAGCAAGAACUUUUGAUAAACAGAUUGCUGCAAAAGAUAAACCUCCAGAUAUUUUUUCUCUUAAGCGUGAUGCUGUUUUAAACUAUUGCACCAUUGAGGACUGUAUGAAGCAUGUACCUAAAGAUGAGUUGGAUCAGGUUUUAGAGAGGCUGCGUAGUAGGCAUUGUUGGAAAAAACGGACAACUGACGACAGACAAAGUCUGGAUGUAACUGACUUGCGGAAAGAAAAAAAUCUGCACAACAAACCUCUUGAAAGUUAUUUUGAAAAUAUGACACUUGAUUCUGAUAAAGUGGACCAAAAUAAAGACAGAAAACAAAAUCCAUUUGCUAAGGGUCAGAAUCAAAACAGUUCAAAACAGAUGUCAAAACAACCAUUGUGGUUAAGUGAAAAUAAUAGCAUCAAAAAAAUUUGUGAUAAAAAAACAAAGUUUCUAAUUCCUAGUGAGAAACUCUCCUCUUUUCCUAGCAUUGGAGAAGGAAAGUCGCACAACAAUGGUGGUAGUUCUAAUUUAGAAGAAAGUCAAUCUGAAAACUCAUUAACAUAUAGGCUAAACUUACAAAAUAAUAUCUAUUCAGAUUUUAAGGGCAGUCGAAGCAAUAUACAUUCAAAAUUAAAAACAGAUGGUGCAAUUUCAGAAAAUUCAAGAUGUUUUAAAAAACAAACAUAUCAACAUGAUUGUAAUGAUAGCCCUAAACAAUUAACUGUCCAUUCAAAAUGCAGUUCUGUGAAUAUAAAAAAAUGUGGGGCUUUUCUUUCUAAAAACGUCAAUGAAAUUGAUGGGGAAAGAGAAUUGGAUAUUGAAAAUCAAAUAUUGGAUGACAAGGAAGCUAUUCAAGAAAUUCCCUCUGCAGAAAAGAAAGCAAUAUUUCGGCGUUCUUUAGACAGUGCCACCAGUUUAGUCUUUCAUAAGAGAAGUGGUCUUCCAUUAACUUCCAGUCCAGCCCCCACAAGGAAAAAUGGGACGAGUUUUGAUUAUGACAGCACACUUACAUCUGUGUCUGCCAUUAAAAGAGCAUUAUUUGAAAAGCAACUUGAACAAGAUGUCCAAGAAGAAGAGAUAAAUAAUCAGCUGAGUACGAGUGCUCCGGCAUCUAUAUUCAGUAGCAGCUUAUUGGGAACAUUUGAGGAAUCUGUUUUGAAUGGUCGCUUGGAGCCAGUGAGCACUGUGGAAGGAUUCACUGCAGAAAUUGGAGCAAGUGGUUCAUUUUGCCCGAACCACGUCAAAUUGCCAGUGACUGUAUUUUUUUAUACUUUACAUGACAUGGACAAGGUUGCUUCACCAUAUAUGGGGCAUAUAAAUUUAAGAAGUAAAGACUAUCAUAUACCCAAGAAAGGAACUGUCCAAGUGACCCUGUUUAAUCCGCACGAAACUGUUGUUAAAAUGUUUGUUGUUCGAUACGAUCUGAGUGAUAUGCCAAUUAACUGCCAAACUUUCCUUCGCCAACGAACUCUCUACAUGCCCGCGGACGCAUCCGAGAGUGACCCGGACGCACAGAAAUGGCUGCGGUAUCUCGUACAUCUCAGGUUUAUGAGUUCCAAGUCUGGCCGUAUCUAUCUGCACACAGACAUCCGGCUGAUCAUCUUCCGCAAAAGUGAUCUGGAUGCAGCCACAGUUCAUGGUCAGAGACCUUAUGAGCUGCGAACUUUCACACAUGGUCCAAGCAAUCCGAAGUUUUCCCCGCACAAACCUUGAAUAAAGGAUAUCUUGUACAUAGAAUACUCUUCCAAAUGUGAUCAAAUACAUAUACAAAGGCCUAGUAUGUUUAAUUAUAUUAUGAAGAUCUUGAUUUAUAUUAAUACACAUAUAUUAUAUAUAAAUAUAUAUAUACUUAGAUUUAAGGUUAAUUUAUUUGGCUAUAUAUUAUCAAAGUAAAGGGUGCACUG